GAGAAGUUAAUUCAAGUCGAAAACGAACGUGAUUUAUUGAAAUUUGCAUAUCAAAAUCUGGACAAGAACACACCGGCCAAAUCUAUAAUUAAUGAGCCCCUUAAACAAAAAAGCAAUCAAAGCAACGGAAAUGCUAAUUUAGACAUAAAUAUACAAAGUACCGACUUAAACAAAGAAAACAACAGAUCAUUGUACAUCCCCUUGCCUGUAACACCUCCCAAUGGUGUACUUUUAAAAUCAGUAAAUAAUUUAACUGAUAGCAUGUCCGAUGAGUCGUUCAAGCCAAGAAACCACAACAAGCUUUCCGAAUCCUAA